AUGCAUACUCCUAAGAACCAAAUGAAAAUGUACAAAGCAAACUCGCUAGCAACUUUCCUCAAGGAUGAUAUGCGUUUCUCUUGGGAAGACAAUCUCUUUGACAGCGAUGAGGAUGAAGAAGAAACAGUCGUCAUGAGCAAAACAAGAACGAGUAUCAGAUUUUCUGACAAUGUUGACACCCAAGAAAUUCCUUGCAUCAGCGACAUGGAGACCAGCGAGGUUGCUGACGUGUGGUACACCCAUCAUGACUUCGCCACCAUGAAGGCAGAAUGCAGACAGCUGGCCAAGUCGUUUGUAUCUGGCAGAAUCCAGCUAUCCGCCGAUAUUUGCUUGCGCGGCUUGGAAGAGAAGCUUCAUCGAAACCAAAAGAAAAUCAAUCGAAGUGAAGCUAUUGGUGCAGUUCUUGACGAACAAGAUGCUCAAUUUGGCCAUGGAGAACAAAACCACGAGGUGAUUGCACAUGUCUACCAUGAAUUUGCAGCACACUGCCUUGACGAGGCAGUUGAUCUAGCACUUCGAGAUCAAGAAACAGCUUUUAAGAUCCACGGCAUUACCUCAAGUCCAAGCUCCUCAUCAUGUGAAGACAACAGAUGUACGUCAAAGAUUUCUGGCAUUUCAAGUUUGGGAAGCCCAGCCCUGGUGGCUGCAUAA